AUGCGCCUCAACAUCUCCACGGCGCCGGGCACCGCGGGCGCGCGGGGCGUCGAGCCUUUCCCGCCGCCCCAGCCGGCGCUGGAGGCGGCACUGCUGGGCGCGGGCUUCGGGGGCGGGGGUAACGGCUCCGGCAACGCGUCCGAGCGGGCCCUGGCCGCGCCCAGCAGCGCCCUGGAUGUGAACACGGACAUCUACUCCAAGGUGCUGGUGACGGCCGUCUACCUGGCCCUCUUCGUGGUGGGCACGGUGGGCAACUCGGUGACGGCGUUCACGCUGGCGCGCAAGAAGUCGCUGCAGAGCCUGCAGAGCACGGUGCACUACCACCUGGGCAGCCUGGCGCUGUCGGACCUGCUCAUCCUGCUGCUGGCCAUGCCCGUGGAGCUCUACAACUUCAUCUGGGUGCACCACCCCUGGGCCUUCGGGGACGCCGUCUGCCGCGGCUACUACUUCCUGCGAGACGCCUGCACCUACGCCACGGCCCUCAACGUGUCCAGCCUGAGCGUGGAGCGCUACCUGGCCAUCUGCCACCCGUUCAAGGCCAAGACCCUCAUGUCCCGCAGCCGCACCAAGAAGUUCAUCGGCGCCAUCUGGCUGGCCUCGGGGCUGCUGGCGGUGCCCAUGCUCUUCACCAUGGGCCAGCAGAACCGCAGCGCCGACGGGCGGCACCCGGGCGGCCUGGUGUGCACGCCCAUCGUGGACACCGCCACCGUCAAAGUCGUCAUCCAGGCGAACACCUUCAUGUCCUUCGUGUUCCCCAUGGUGGUCAUCUCCGUCCUCAACACCGUCAUCGCCAACAAGCUGACGGCCAUGGUGCGCCAGGCGGCGGAGCAGGGCCGGGCGGGCGCCGCGGGGGCCCAGAGCGCCACCUUCGGCAUGAGCGUGGAGCCCGGCAGGAUCCAGGCCCUGCGGCACGGCGUGCAGGUCUUACGAGCCGUGGUCAUCGCCUUUGUGGUCUGCUGGCUCCCCUACCACGUGCGACGCCUCAUGUUCUGUUACGUCUCCGAUGAGCAGUGGACCCCCUUCCUCUACGACUUCUACCAUUACUUCUACAUGCUGACCAACGCACUCUUCUACGUCAGCUCCACCAUCAACCCCAUCCUCUAUAACCUCGUCUCCGCCAACUUCCGCCAGAUCUUCCUGUCCACGCUGACCUGCCUCUGCCCCGCGUGGCGGCGCAGGAGGAAGAGGCCGGCGUUCUCCAGGAAGCCCAACAGUGUGUCCAGCAACCACGCCUUCUCCAGCAGCGCCACCCGCGAGACACUGUACUAGGCCCAGGGCCGGCCGCUGGGCCUCUCCCCGAAGCGGGGCAGCG